CUACAUUCGUUAAUUCAUUAGAGGGCAGCUGGCGAGGACGGAGCCAUUUCUCUACUACACGGUGCAUUAGGCUUGACCAAACACCGCCCCCUCCGCCGGGGAAGCGAGGUGGCGAAACUGCUGUGCGCAUGCGUAUACGCGUCCAGAAUGUCGCUGUGUGCGGUUAAAGGUUUCCAAUGGUUAAGACAGCGUCAGUGCGUGUUGUUCUCCAAAGGUAUGAGUUUCCUGUGUGUCCACCAGCUGCACAGUAGCCCCGGGUUCACAGACAGCUGCUAUGAUGGGCUGUAUCCCGGACAUAUCCACACCACCCCCAUCCAGAAAGCCCUGUUGGCCGUCGGGUCAGGUGUGGCUGCACUACAGAAUCCCUACAGACACGACAUGGUUGCAGUGCUCGGGGAGACGACAGGACACCUAGCGUUGAUAAAUCUCAGGGACAGGAUGAAAAAUGAUCCUGAAGGCUACACUAUCCUAACAGAAAGGCCCAGAAUCCGGCUGUCUACGCUUGAUCUGAGCAAGAUGGCGUCACUGCCUGAUGGCUCUUUUGGGAGAGAAUACCUCCGUUUUCUGGAGGACAAUCAUGUGACCCCGGACUCAAGGGCAGACGUGAAGUUUGUCGACAAUGAGGAGCUAGCUUACGUCAUGCAGAGAUACAGAGAGGUGCACGAUUUGCUGCACACGUUGCUGGGCAUGCCGACCAACAUGCUGGGUGAGGUGGCAGUGAAGUGGUUUGAAGCUGCUCAGACUGGCCUCCCCAUGUGUGCUCUUGGAGCUGUGUUGGGGCCACUUCGGCUGAAUUCGAGCCGUUUACAGUCACUGUUCACUUCCUUGGGUCCUUGGGCUCUGCAGAACGGUCGGCGGUCCCGCUGCAUCCUCAGCAUCUUCUACGAGAGACGAUGGGAGCAGAACCUCGAAGACCUCCGACAAGAGCUCAACAUAGAGCCGCCUCCUGUCAUACUCAGUGCUGCCAAUAAGAGGAGCACCUGAGGAAGACGGAAAAAAGAGAUGAACAAUUCAGGAAUCACAGGACAAAAGACUUUUAAUAGCGGACAAAUCAGAAAUACAGUAUAGUGUCAUACUGUGGAGUUUCUGUAUGAGAAGGAUGUUAUUGAUGACUGAGGAAAUGGGGAAUUUUCACACUUGGCAAACUCUGACUUGUCCAUUCUUACACCCUGAAUGUAUUGUUCUUCAUGUUUAGUCAACCUUUUCUCUGAAAUGUGAAACUAAGUCAUUUCAACAGAUGAAGUGUUCAAGAAACGAUGCUACGAGACAGCAGGUAGCCAGUUCUAGGGGUCAUGUUCUGUUGUUGAGAAUGUGACAGAAAGUGUGUAUUUGUAUCACGGACAAAAAUAAAUUAAAAAAACUGAAUUAUAUCCGUUAUUAAAUACUUGCCUAUACACGAACGAGA